CCGACGCAUCGUUGCGUCCGCUCGCCGCCUCGCACCGUGUUGUGAGCGAAACCGCGUGUGCGUUGUUUGUUAUACCUUCCGCGUGAUCGUGAUUGUCUUUUACACACCUUUUCUGACUGUCGUCAAAACCGAUCGCCGUGUGUUGUUGCCGCGGUAAGCCCGACACCUUUUGUUGUACGUGUAUGCCCGGUUGCGUUGUCCGGUGGCAUAAAACCAUGUGUUUAUUACGACCUUUAAGCGGCGUAUAUAUAAACUUGCGUUUUUUCUAUUUAAUAUCGUGGCAUUGUGUGCGACCCGAUAUAUAAUUGUAUCAUAUUCUGCUGAUACACAACGUGCGAUCACCUUUUUGCCCAGCUAUUGGCUAGGGUGCAGUAACGUACCCUUUUCGGUCGUUGUAAUACAUACAUUAUUUUGUAUAUAUAUGUUAAGGUGUAUGACCGCAGAAGGCGAAUGUUGGCAGUCACCGGUGUAUGUCGACAUUUACCAAACAUCGUAGUCAAUGUUGACAAAUGGUCUUAACGCGUUCUUACACCGGUGAUUGUUCAAAUUUACAAUUAAUGUUGGCAAAUGUUGACCAGUGACCACACAUGAAGCACGAUGUAAAUCACUAUACUAAAAGGUAUUUUCUUAUUAUUUUAUAGAAUUAAGACGUUAUUGUCCAGUCACAAUAUGCGUUGGAGACGUUUUAACGUUAGUAUAAUGUUAUGGCAUGAUUGGCAUGAGAUAAUCCGAAUGAUAUUAAGGAUAAGCUAAUCGUCCCGUUGAAACUAAAACUAUUCAUUAUGUAAAGAACGAAGAACUACUCAAAGUUCAUAUAAAAACAUAUGAUCAACGAAUUGCGGAACCAAUUCAAAAAUAUAUUGUAAAAAAAUAUAAUACAAACAAAUGUAACUGUAUAAGAAUGGGGGAAUACUCUGCAACAGUAAAUGCCACGAUAGUUAACCGUGUUGUAAUAAAUAUAACUUAAAAAAUUAAUACUACUUAAUCUAUAAGUUAAAAAAUUAGUUUGUUAAACUACGAGUAUAUUUAUUUAUGAAUUUAUUACCUAUAUAUUUGAUUAUAUAUGUUGUCAAUAUUCAGUAAAUAACUAUUGCGUUUAUCAAUAAACACUGGUAAAAGUCUACAUUCUAAGAUAUUUGUAAAAAUUGAUAGCAUUCACUAAAAUGAUCGGUAAAUGUCAACAUACACCGGUGACUGUCAACAUUCACUACCAUGCGGUCAUACACCUUAACAUAUACAUAUUAUAUCGGUAUAUUAUACGUACACUGAUCUACGUCGUCAAGCCUAUCCUAAUAUUCAAUUACCAGUGAAGAUUCCCAACUUGGACCCGGGAAAGUUUGGAUCGACACCACUACUGGAUAUCAGAUAAAAAUGAAGACAUCAAUUAUAACCACUAUUAUCCUAAUCGUAUGUUUGAACAUUGUUAUGGGGUCACCCUUGCAUCCGUUGCACCGUAACGAGCAUUAUAUGAAUCGGAUGCAACAGUUUUGUGGCCAGCAUCUAACUCGAGAGCUUGACAUUUUAUGUGGGGGUGAUUACUAUGACGUCAAUGUUCCUACAGGUAGUGGACAUCAAAUGCAAAAAAAGAUCACCGAAGAAUGUUGCAGUAGACAAUGUUCUAGAAAUCACAUAAAAAUGAACUAUUGUCGUCCUUUAGCCGAAGAAAAGAUAUAUACUGAUUCCCCAGAUCUAAAUCCAACAGAGGAGGUUGAUUACCUUGGACAUUAUUUUGAAUUACUUGGACGUAUAUUAGAGCCUAUCGUGGAGAUCACCAGUACACCAAUUAACGAUUGACAACAACAACAAAAACACAAUAUGUACAUUCAUUCAAUUUUUUUUAAUAAUAUUAGUAUAUGUAGUAAUGUAUUUAUAUUUUUUAAUAACAAUAGUAUAAUAUUUUAACACAAUAAAAUAUUCAUUUCAAGAUAUCAAUAA